AUGCUUCGCAGCAACCCCUUUUUUGGACACAUGUCACUGAGAAAUUGCCGUUUCCGGUUAUUCUCAUCUGUACUUCCAAGAGGUCCUACCCGUUCUGGUACAUCUGUUACGUUUUCGACUGCUCAGAGAGUCUUUCCGAUAGAAACCAUCGAGGUCCCAGGCCUUCUAUAUUCGAGAAAUACCAAUCAUGUUGCUCAAGUUUCCACAAUACUUGGAGAUGCCGGAAUCCUCAAGCUCAGUCUUCUAUUUCCGGAUCCCAAGAGCGAUUACCUCAGUCAAUUAGUGCUUGGAUUGCAUAACAACCACAAUCAUCAUCUUCCAAUCACCCACAGUGGUCUCCGAGGCGCAUUCUGGGAUGUCCGUCCAGCUGUGAGCAACUUCCAAGGAGGAACGUAUCAAGCGCGAUCAGAAACCAUGAAAAACUUUCCAUGGCACACCGACUGUUGCUACGAAGAAUAUCCUCCGAGGUAUUUCGCCUUACACGUACUUCAACACGAUCGCCAUGGUGGUGGUGCGUUAUCUGUGAUGAGCGUAAACAAGAUCCUAGACCACCUUUCGCCAAAAGCGAUCAACGCCUUGAGUCGACCAGAAUUCAAAAUCAUGGUUCCGCAGGAGUUUAUGAAGAACCCUACGAAGAGGUGGAUCUUCGGAAGUAUUUUAACGCCCCAUCACCCGAACAAGGGAAUUUCGAUCAGAUUUCGAAGGGAUCUCAUAAGCGCUGUGACCACGAGAGCGUCCCAGGCUUUGGCAGAGUUAGAUCUGUUGUUGCAAGACGCAACGGUUCAGUCGUCUUCGUCUCUUCGUCUCUCAGCUCAGGAUCUGCCCAGAGGCUCAGUAAUAGUUAUCGAUAAUCGGAAGUGGCUGCACGCGAGAAACCAGAUUAAAGAUCAGGAACGCCACCUGCGCCGUGUGAGGUGGGAUGCCGUCCCGCUAGGUAACGAGGGUACAUGA